AUGGAAUGUAGAAUGUUCUCAGAUGUUGCAACAAUGAGAUUUUCUUCUUUCUCUUUCCUUCUGGUUAUUCUUCGAAGAAAAUUAUAUGUAUGGGUUUAUUGACUUUAGCUUUUGUUUUUGGUAAUCCAGAGCCAUGCCAACGUUUUCUGCUAUAGCUUUGGAUAGGUUGUUAUAACCUGGAACUUCAGAAUAUGUUGACAAGUCUGGUCCUAAUAUGAAACCACCUCUGCCCAAGCCAAAGCUUAUAACCAAUUCGAAGCUAGAGUAGGAACAGUGCAUCAGUAACUGAAAGGAAGGUUAAUCAUCCCCAAAUAUCACCUACCCUCUAUGCCACUCCUGAGACAACUCCACUACCCGAUUCACCAUCUUCGUUCCCUCCAUCACCUUACAUUAUUAAUCACAAACGCCAUGGGCCUCAUCUUUUAAAGAGCUUUUCUGAAAACAACGUAUCAAUUUGGAAGAAAACCAAUGAAGAAAGUGAGGCUAAUGGGAAGACAGAGCUUAUAGAAACCAAGUCCGUUGAUCUAUCUAAUAAUGUUUCUAUUAGUUUUAAAAUUCAUAAACCUGAUGAAGAGGAGCAUGAAAAUGGUGUCAAUAAUGGUCCUAUUAAAGUAUAGCAGGCAAAUGGUUUCCAUGCUAGCUCCAUUCAAGAUGAGCACAUGAAUGGUAUCCAUGAUGGUGAAUUUGGGAGCAGUAAUAUAGCAGUUGAAAGCAGGCGAAUGAAUAAUGGUAUGGCCAGUGAUAUUGCUUCGCCAAAGCUUGUUUCAUUGAACUUGAACAGAGGUGAUGAAAGUGAAGAUUUCUUUGAUCCAAAGGAUUCCAUGAGCGCCACAACUAAUACCGAUGGAGAUGAUGAAAGUACUGCAAGGCUUGGUACCUCAGGGGUUGAGUUUUUUUAUGCCUGGGAUGAAUUAUCCUCCGAGAGUGGUACACAGCCUAGCUAUCGUGAUACUGAAGCUGAAGUGUGAGAAAUAAGAUUGAGCUUACUCAUGGAAAUAGAAAAGAGGAAGCAGGCAUAAGAGGCUCUAAGCAAGCUGCGAUGUGUGUGGAAAAGAAUGAGCCAAGUGUUGGCUAUUGUGGGAUUGUUACUGCCUGCAGAUCCUAUUGAUGUGACAGAUGAUGAUCUGGUGAAACAGGCUGAAGAGAUGAGGCAGCAA